GAAACCUCCUUGACAUUUUUCACUUCAGCUCCAGGGUGGCAGGGGGCACCUGGAGCUGUGAGGAACUGCUGUAGUGAGGGGCAUCGAGAGUGGCAAGGAGGUGCCACCGUGGAUGGUUCUCAUGCGGGGCCACGAUGUCGGAUAUCAUGGUGAAUUUGAAGUCCUUUCAGUCUGAGCAUGCGGUGGAAGAAAGUGAGCAGCCCUUGCUGUGUUUGAGAAGCCGCUGCAAGGGGCUGAUGGUGAAUGCAUGUGCCCAUGCUGUCUUCUUCUGCAAGCUGCUCCAUGCCGUCAGGCAGAAAGCGAGUGGGAAGGUUUCACUGAUUUCCUCCAAGGAAUCCAUGGGCAGUGAAGGCCUGAAGGUUGGGAUUAUUGGUGGAGGCCACAUUGGAAAGCAGCUGGCCAGGGCACUACUGGAGCUGAGUGACAUUUCGGCUCAGAAUAUCCACAUCUCCACCAGGAGGCCAGAGACUCUGUCAGAGUUCCAGCAGCUGGGAGUCGAUUGUUUUUAUGACAAUGGCCAGCUCGUGGCCUGGGCCGACAUUGUGUUUCUUUGUUGCCUCCCAUCUCAUCUACAGCACAUCUGCUCAGGAAUUCAGGCUGCUCUCCGGGAACCCUGCAUUGUGUACAGCCUGGUCACUGCUGUCCCGCUGCCCAGGUUGAAGCAACUCCUUUCCUACAGUGCCAUCCUGAGGCCACAGUACCACUGCACUAGCAGAAACUUAGAGAAUAUGUGGGGGACAAAUGGGACAAUCAUAGCUGCACUCCAAGACCCUAUUGUUAUACAGGCUACCUGUCCCUGUAGCCCCAAAGAGAGAAUUGCUGUCACUGGCAAGUGGUUGGAGGCUGUUUUCUAUGCAGCCCUGAACAGCUGUAUGUGGCGGCACCUGCCCCACCAGCACGCACUGAAGUUACUGAAUGAUGUAUGUUUCCCUGAGCACUGCCCCAUCUGUACAGAGCAGAAGACCUCUUGCCCACGGUUUGUGUGUGGGAACUUUGUCAACCAAACUUUUGUCUCCUCCCUGACUCAAGAGGACACCUUCCCCUGGUUUGACCUGACAACUGUACAAAUGAAGGAGUCUCCCUUCAGUCAGCUCCUAGCAAGGAGUGUGCUUCUCCAGAACCAUCUUACUUUUUUGUACUGUACCUCCUUUGGAGUUUUGCUUGCAAAGAGUGGAGGGAUGGCCAGCAGUGGCCUCUGGCAGCAGAAUGUCUUCUCUUUCUGCCGCAGCAGAUCCAAGUAUGGUGCUGGGUCAUGAGUCAAUGUCCACCCACAACUGCUAUUGAUGUGACUUGGAAAAAAGAUCAGGAGAUGUUCCUAACACUGAUUCUCAAGCUUCAUACAGUAUAACGACAGUGUGAUUCCAAACCUCCAGGGAUGGAACUGCUUUGCUAAGGUUUAAUGCUGAAGAGAACUGUGGCAGAGAUUAAGACCCCUUUCCUACCAGUUCCCAUUGUAGGAUCCAUAUGGUUGUGCGUGGUGGAGGAAUGUACGGUGAGGACUUUGUCCUGCAGUGGAAAGGAUAAAGCUGGAAUGGCAUGUAAACCUUUACCUGACCAUCAUCCACAACACAAACCAACUGCAAAGUAGUGGGCAAAUUAAAACAGUGAAAAUGAAUAGCAUUCUUGACUCAUAAUUCUGACAUACCGGCAAGCUGCCCAACUUGUAUCCCUUUUGAUGGGGCAAGGCCAGAUGGCUAUAGAAAAGUAGGGAGAGACAGAUAUAUUAGCCCCAGGCUAAACAAAUCCCUGUUACUAGGGUAAGUAAAUGGCAGCUGCUCCAGGUCAAUUAAGACACCUGGGGCCAAUUAAGAUAUUUCUAGAAGGCAGGGAAGAUAGCUAGGUUGAUUGGGACACCUGAAGCCAGUUAGGGGCUGGAUGAAACUAGCUAAAAGCUUCCCAGUCAAUAAGUUAGGUGUGUGUGUCAGGAGCUGUUGGAGGAACUAAGCAUUAAAAAUCCAUAUCAGGUGCAAAGAAGGAGACCCUGAGGUAACGGUGAAGGAGAUAUUGAGUGGGGGCUGCUGUGGGGAAGUAGCCCAGGGAAUUGCACACGUCCUAUUUCCAAAAAGUCAGCUACCAUCGCUGCUACUACAGUAACUCCUCACUUAAAGUCGUCCCAGUUAACAUUGUUUUGUUGUUACGUUGCUAAUCAAUUAGGGAACGUGCUCAUUUAAAGUUGUGUAAUGCUCCCUUCUAAUGUCACAGCCGCCUGCUUUGUCCACUGCUUGCAGGAAGAGCAGCCCGUUGCAGCUAGCUGGUGGGGGCUUGGAACCAGGGUGAACGGGCAGCCCCCUAUCAGCUCCCCACUCCCCUAAGUUACCUGUGCAGCAGCUGCCUGCAGUUCAGCUGUGUCCCUCCCCCCACUGCCAUGUGCUGCUCCUGCCCUCUGCCUUGGAGCUGCUCCCCGAGACUCCUGCUUGCUGUGCAGGGGGGAGGGAAGGAAGAGUGGGGCUAAUGUCAGGGUGUCCCCCUCUUCCCUGCUCUUGCACCCCACUUACCCCAUCUUCUGGAGCAGGGGGGACAGACCAGGACUCAGGACAGAGGGAGCUUGCAGCAGCUGCCUAUCAGCAAGCUGAUCUAAUUAACAAGGCAGUGUACUUAAGGGAAAUGUGCAUAUCUCCCUCCAUUCCUGCUGCCUUGUGUAGAGAGAGAGUUAACCUUGAGGGCUCAGCCAAUUGCUAGUUCAUCAUUUAGCAGUAAGGGAAAUAUCCCACCUUCUGACUCCUCCACCUCAACCAAGCUUCACAAUCAUCAUCACUGUGUACCAGUAUUAAAUUGUUUGUUUAAAACUUA